CAGACGGUCGUCUGGCUCAGAGGAGAGAAUAUGCAGAGAGACACGUUGUCUCCGGUCAGCUGAACGUCUGUGAAGGUGUUGAUUGCGCUGCGAUUCAUUUUAAACCAAGUGCGAAGAAAUAAUUAACGGGAUUCUGAACUUCGCUGCAGACAUUUACUCCCAAGCAAUGCUGUGUUUAGGAGAUUCUGCGGACUGCCUCCGGGACCAAGUGCAGUACAUGAUGAGAUCCCUGCAGGACCUGAAGCAGAUAAGCAGACCGAGGCCACUGAGCGAACCGUGUGUUCGCUCCUUUGCUGUAACGCGACUCUGCAAACAAAGGGCACAGCAAGAGCGACUCACUCGUCUGCGUGUUUCUGACGCCAGUGAGGCCAGCACGUACGACUCUGCCUGCUGCUUGGCCAGCCCCAUGGAGGAGGAGGAAGAGCAGCAGGAGCAUGAGCGGUUGACGCAAGGCUCCCCGAGCAGCGAAAAGAGUCUGGACGUGGACUCGGGUUACUCUGAGGCUUCGUGGCAGGAUGAAGGUGUGGUGCUGAGGAGGACCAGAAACGUGCGGGUCUCCUCUUCUGCCUGCCUCCGGACAAACAGAGGACCUUCUGGCCGAAUCAGGCCCAAAUCAACCUCGGACGCUUGCCUGGAGCGCUGGACCUCAUUCGAGGCCGGUGACCCAGGGGACUGGACGACACUGCUGCUGAGCCGCAGCAGGAACAGACAGCCCCUGGUUCUGGGGGACAACAGCUUUGCUGACCUAAUAAAGAACUGGAUGGACCUGCCAGAGAGUCCAGAGCCAGCAGAACUAAAGCCCAGUGCGGGCCGCCGCCUUGCCAAAGACAUUUUGGUCAACAUGCGGCGCAGACUUGCAGGGAUGUCUAAAGGUGUGGAGGUGAGGCCGAGGCCAGCAGACUCCACGAGGGUCAGCAGGGCUGCAGAGGAUCCCAAACGGAUGUCUUGUCCUGUUGGACUGCAGGCUCUCAAACCUUUCUUUCACCAGUCCCACACAGGCCUCCAUCAACUGGACACUGACUUCUACCAGUUCACUGCUCUCAUGAAGACAGGCAGCCGACAACCCAUCAUAUGCAAUGACAUUAUUGGAUACAUUUAAGUGAGGCUAGAACUGCGGACUGACACUUAAACAAAAAAAAAAAAAAACCCAAUAAGAUGGUUCUAUUUUUAUAAUUGGAUUUU